AUGGCUGCCAACGAAGAUAUUCGAACUUCCGAGCUGGUUGAACCCGUCGAUGUGGCUGUUUACCUCUUCACCAGGCUGAAACAGAUGGGAAUCGACUCCAUUCAUGGUCUACCCGGCGAUUUCAACCUGGUAGCACUCGAUUAUAUGGAGGGCUGUGGCCUCGAGUGGGUCGGCAACUGCAACGAGCUCAACGCUGGCUACGCAGCCGAUGGCUAUGCCCGGAUCAAAGGCAUCUCGGCCGUUAUCACUACCUUCGGCGUGGGCGAGCUUUCGCUUCCCAAUGCCAUUGCGGGAAGGCAGGAAUUUGCCCUAUGCUGA